UUCCCCUUUCACCUUCAUUUUGUUUUCCACAUCUCAUGAGACCAAUACACCCUCAAUAUACAUCACCAGUUCAUUUUAGUAAUUGUAAUAUUCAAGAUUAUUAUGGAGUCUCCAACGUACUACCCGCCUCCGAUGCAUCAUUCGUCUCGCCCAACCUUAGGCUUUCCGCUCGGUACCGCCUUGCUUCUGAUUGUUAUUUUCAGCCUCAGCGGCAUAUUCUCUUGUUGUUAUCAUUGGGACAAGCUCCGUCACCUUCGCGGUUCAUUGUCCGACCAAGAACAAGAAGAUGAUCAUCACUCCACUUCCAAUUCCAAACCUAAACCUACCUACUCGGAGAAAUUACAAAAGGAGAAUGAGAGUUUGCCGGUGGUGAUGCCGGGAGACCGGAUUGCAAGGUUCAUAGCCAUGCCGUGUCCGUGUGAACCGGCGAGACAAGAAAAGGUGAAUAUUGUAGAACAAGUUCACAAGACUCCUAAGCAACCGCAUGUAGCUGUCACAAUUUCUUAAUCAUACAUUAUCAAUCAAUUUCCUUUGUAAAUAUUUAUUAUAAUAUAUUUGUUUCAUUACAUAUUAUAAAAUCAACAUAUUUCUAUUUUUCAUUC